AUGGACCCCAAACUGCUGAAAUUUAACAAAAUAGCCUUGGAAGAACUGAGCUCACGAAAACCCGACACCCCAAAAGGGCCCAAGACGUAUUCGGUGGAAGAUGCGGUGGAAACCAUUGGCUUUGGGCGAUUCCAUAUCAUGCUCUUUCUCAUCAUGGGCAGCACUGGGAUUGCAGAAGCCAUGGAAAUCAUGCUUUUGGCUGUGAUAUCAUCUUCUAUACGAUGCGAAUGGCACCUUGAAAACUGGCAGGUUGCACUGGUAACAACGAUGGUAUUUCUUGGAUACAUGGUGUUUAGUGUCCUUCUCGGCCUUUUAGCGGACAGAUACGGACGCCGGAAGAUUCUGGUGAUUUCCUUCCUGUGGGGGGCGUUCUUCUCACUGCUCACUUCCUUCUCACCGUCGUACGUCUGGUUCGUCUUCCUACGAUGCAUGGUAGGCUGUGGGGUCUCAGGACAUGCGCAGGGUCUAAUUAUUAAGACCGAGUUUCUGCCAAAGAAGUUCCGAGGAUACAUGCUGCCCUUGUCACAGGUCUUUUGGUUGACAGGAUCGCUGUUGAUCAUUGGACUGGGGUGGGUUGUCAAUCCCAGUUUAGGAUGGCGCUGGCUCGUCCGAUUUGCGUCCAUUCCGGGCAUCAUUCUUGUAAUCGUCUUUAAAUUUAUCCCAGAGUCGGCUCGGUUCAAUGUCUCGGUGGGGAAUCACCAAGAAGCGGUCCACACUUUGCAGAAGAUCGCCAAUAUAAAUCACUCCAAGAUGCCGGAGGGAACCAUUAGUGAACCAGUGGUGGACAAUAUGGGCAGCUUUUUGGAUCUCCUAGAUCCGAAAUAUCGCCGGACGUCUCUGCAAAUAUGGAUAAUCUGGCUUGGAAUAUCCUUUGCUUACUACGGCGUCAUCUUGGCCAGCACAGAACUGCUGGAGCGGAAUCUAUUGUGUGGCUCUGGCCAGCCGGCGCUUGGCGCGCAGGAAGAAGUCCUGGAGGAAAGCAGCACCCCGUGCUACUGUCACACGCUGAGCUCUUCCGACUAUCAAACCAUGCUUAUAAGCACCGUCGGCGAGAUCGCGCUGAGCCCUUUUAAUAUCCUGGGCAUUAAUUUUCUUGGCCGACGCUGGACCCUUGGCGUUACGAUGACAUCCACUGGCGUCUUCUUCUUACUCCUCAACAUCUGCAUGUCGCAGCCGGGUCUGAUCGGAAUUCUCUUCUGCCUCCGAGCGCUGGUAUCCGCCAAUUUCAUCAACAUCUAUGUCUACACGGCCGAGGUUUACCCGACGGUAAUGAGAGCAAUAGGGAUGGGAACAAGCGGCUCUCUGUGUCGGAUCGGAGCCAUGGCCGCACCGUUCAUUGCUCAAGUUCUACUGAGCGCGUCUAUCAUGGGUGGCCUCUGCUUGUUUGCAAGCAUAUGCUUCGUGUGCGCUAUUUCAGCUUUCGCUUUGCCCAUCGAGACCAAGGGUAGAGCGCUUCAGCAAUUCAAGUGAAGACAACAGAAAAGAGAAGGUUUUUAUAAUAUUUUUUUGGAUUUGUCCUUUUUUUUUCUUAUACAA